CGGCCCACGACUCGGGAGAUAUCCGUUCACGUGAUUCAGUGUUCGACUUCUGCCCCUGCCUUUCGGCAUACCGAUACAAGCGCUUCAAUAGCGUUACCGCGCAUGACGAUACAGCCAAGCUGAAUUUGAGGGCGUUCUGCCUCGACGAAGCAAGACCGAUGUGCAACCAGUGGGUUCAACUGGUAUAGGAACCGCUGGGGACUUCAUUCUUGUAGAACCACAAGCUAGACGCUCGAGGCGCCAUCAUGACCGAAUAUAAAGCAGUUUUUGAAGAUAGGGUAUAGCAAGCGGCAAGAAAUGAGAGCACGACAUCAUGACGAGCGUAGGACACGAAGCAAGAGGUGACGAUGAGAGGAGGAAGCGAAAGGCGAAGGCGAAGGAUUCUGAGUUGACGGCCACGCUAAACGCAUGCAACGAGAUAGGUCAGCGACAUGAUGAAGGGACGGGCGCGAGCAUUUACCAUACGCGGGAAGAGGGCAUGAAAAUCCAGCUCAAGGUAAGGAUCGGCGGCGCGGCGGGAUUGUUACAAGGGCGCGCGCGUGAUGGUCGAAGUCAGGUCCGCAAAGAGGCCAGUGAAGGACUUCAUAAAGACACGCGCAUGUACCUUGAAGAGCUAGCGCACUUAAUGCGCGGAAGAGAGACAUCCCCACUCGCCUUUGGCAACUGCAUGGAUAUCGUCCUCUUCGUCUUGAGAUCUUGGUCGAUGGCAAGCUCAAGGAAAGCCGGAUGUUUAGCACCGACGCGAAUGGUAGGCACUGAGCCGCAAGCGGCUAGAUUUCCUGCCACCGCCCCCACGCGCCGCUUAUCUUGCUGCGACGCGCAUCGAGUACACCAAGUACUGGCAGGUCGUCAGCACCGCAGUAGCCCGAAGGCCCCGUGGCGUCUCCGCCGCCUCUACAGCCCCAGUAGUACCCCGAUCAUCCCGCGAGGGCGCCACGCGAAGGACGACCUCGGGAAGGAGGUUCAACAUCCAUGGGGGACCAGUCGAGGACGUCUGGCUUUGAUGUCUUCACAUCGCUUUACAGCUUGGAGGGCGGAUUUGAGUUCACCGAUGUGGCUAAUGUGGUAUGCGCUCUAUGGGAUACGAGUUUUGAAUCAUAGCAAGACAAGGCCGUACAUACUCAGUGAUCAUCUGCGCGAGACUUCUGGCAGAACCCCGAGAACAGGCAAUUCUGUAGAUCGGGGAGCUCGAGGCAGGCUUGGGGUGUUUCCGACGUUUUCUCUCCGUGGUCGAUGAGCGCGAUUCGAUGUAUCGAUUCAGGGCCGUGGGAUGCAGAGAAGUAUUUCCCUGUUGCCAGUAUGCCGGUCCACCAACGAUCAACGCACGCAGAAGGGAUGAGAAAUAUACGAGGAGGAAAUGAGCGUCGCUGCCAAGUUGCAGCUGAGGCACGUGUUGUCGGCGACUUCCGUGUCCACGUCACUGUUCGAAUUUUAACCUGUCACG